GGGUAUUAUUGCACAAGUACCGAAUAGAUUAGCACUGUGUAUAAAGCUCUACGGCCGCCGCGAACUGCCGGGCGCUAGGGUUUCGGGUUCCUCGACCUCUCGCCGCCGUCGUCCCGCGCGCUUGGAGGUCGGCCUGCUCGACGGUUGUCGCCAUGAUCAUCCCCAAGAAGAACCGGAAUGAGAUCUGCAAGUACCUCUUCCAAGAGGGGGUUUUGUACGCCAAGAAGGACUACAAUUUGGCAAAACACCCACAGAUUGAUGUGCCAAACCUUCAGGUCAUCAAGCUCAUGCAGAGCUUCAAGUCCAAGGAGUAUGUCAGGGAGACCUUCUCCUGGCAGUACUACUACUGGUACCUCACUAAUGAUGGCAUUGAGCACCUGAGGAAUUACCUUAACUUGCCGUCUGAGAUUGUACCUGCUACACUCAAGAAGUCUGCAAGGCCACCAGGCCGCCCAUUUGGCUCUGGCCCCCCUGGUGAUCGCCCAAGGGGCCCACCUCGGUUCGAAGGGGACAGACCAAGGUUUGGAGACCGGGAUGGCUACCGUGGUGGACCUCGUGGUGCGCCUGGUGAUUUUGGUGGUGAGAAGGGUGGUGCUCCUGCAGAAUUCCAGCCAUCAUUCAGGAGUUCUGGUGGUAGACCUGGCUUUGGACGCGGUGGCGGCGGUGGUUUCGGUGCUGGUCCAACCUCUUCCUCCAUGGAGUGAAAGGAGCUCAGGAUUCUUGUCGCAGGAGACAUUUUAGUAUUCAAGUUUUGCAGUGGUGUUUGCAGUAGAGAUCAAUGCGUAGCACCUAUGUUGAAACCUUAAGAGAUGCAAGUGUAAUUCUCCUGGUGUUGAUGGCUUGAGAGUUUAUCCCAAACCCUCUGUAGAAGCCAAUGCCAAUGGAAAUAUCGUUCAGCUACUCAGCAAUCAAGUUUUUCCUCCCCAAUUUCUACCUGUCAAAUUUCUUGAUUUUUGAUGUAUUAGUCUGCUUUUUUCCA